AUGCAAGGAGACCCUACUGAGGCAGACUUCUUGAACUUGUCCAAGAUGGGAAUCUCCGAGCUACCUGAUCUCUCAAGCUGCACCAACCUAAAGAGACUGGACCUUACAGAUAACGCGAUCUCAUCCUUGAAAGAGAUAUCGGACUGCAAGGAGAUCAACUGGCUGUCUUUGAAGGACAACAAAGUGACAGACCUCACUCCCAUCCGUAGGAUGAGGAAGAUGGACGUUCUUACGCUGUCUAGCAACAUGAUCGAGAUAUUGGAUCCCAUCGCCUCGAUGAACAAACUCAAGGCCCUGAUCGCCAACAACAACAGGGUCUCUUCGUUCUCCGGUCUUUCAGGUUUGGUCAACGUCACCACUCUCGUUCUUUCGCACAAUCUGAUCAGCGAGAUCGAUGGGAUCUCGGGCCUGAAGAACCUCAAGAAGCUCUCGCUUGCGCACAACCAGAUCAGAGUAAUCCCAGACAUGCGGCAUCACCCGCUGCUUGAAGAGUUGCGUCUGAAUGACAACAAGAUCCAACGAGUCCCGGAAACCAUCGACCGCAACCCUUGUCUCAAGUUGAUGGACCUGGUUGACUGUCUCCCAUGUUGUCAACUCGCUGAUGCUGGGCCAACCUCAGGGAAAGAAUCGUCUGUACGACAUUGGCGAUCUUUUCAGGCUAGGACAAUGUAG